GACAGGAAACAGAGAUGAAGAAGAAGAACAAGUAAAGAAGACAAAGAGGAAUCAAGAGAAGCUUAAGAAGAUGAACCAGUUGGUGUGGACAGUGAGUUCGUUACCUGAAGAUAUUGCCUUCAAGAUUGCAUCUCUUCUUCAGGUCUCUGAUCUGUGCUCGUUGGGUAGUUGUUCUCGAUUCUGGCGGGAAUUUUGCGCUUCGGAUUCCAUAUGGAUCUUUCUGUUCAGAGAGAGAUGGCCUUCCAUGGUUUUCUCGAAAGCCCAUUUUUUAAACGUCGACGAUCGAAGCUCUGACGGAGCUGGGGAACAAUUCUCAUCCACCAAGGGAUGGAGGACCUUCUACAUCAACCGACACAUUGAGAUGGCGAAUAGAGCUGCCAUUAUAGCUAAGUUUGUCAAACAAUGCUCACCAUCUGAGUCACUUGAGGCUGGAGAUUAUCUUAAAGCAAUUGAAGAUCUCUGUUCAAUUGAGAUGGGAUUCAUGGACGUCCAGAUGUUUCUAUUUGCUUCAAAACACAAUGUGUUGCUUAAUCUGAUCGGUUUACACUAUUCCAUAUUUUUUCUUGGAGUUCCGGCUGAGUAUGUUAUUGAAGCCCUGUGGAGCUGCCAGAUAUCAGAACGGCAAGUGUGCGUGAGAUGGUGGAAACUCGGAAGGUGGAUUCACGGCUUCCGCCUGCGUGACGAGUCCCACACUCGCAUGAUCUCUUUGGGGGAUCUUGCAAUGGCCAAAGAGGGGGAGGUUUUUGGGGUGCUUCACCGUGGAGCCAUCCAUGAGGUCUUGCGUGUCCAGAUCUCAGUUCCUGUCCAUAGACACACCCCAUGGACUUUCUAAAGCCUGCAGAAGUAGGGAAGAUGGAUACAGUAAUGCUCUUUAUGCACAAGUAUGUAAAUAUUAUUAGUGCCAUGUAUAUAUGUACAUCAGUGUUUAUUCUUUUAAACAUAUGUAUAGGUAUUGUAUGCCGGUACCCAUGGAAUGUAUCUUUCAACUUGUGUAAUGCUCUUCUGUUGGUUUAAACUUGCAAUGCAUUUGAUUGAAUGUUGGGAAGAUAAAGUGCCAAGGAUUGAUCAGAA